GAAGAAGCGGAAGCAAAGGAAACGCAGGGGAUCUGACUAACCAUGGCUAAAGUUGAGAGUGGCGUGAAACCCCUUCAGAAUGCCAUGAAAAUGGCCAAAGUGGCAAUACAGCUGGACGGAGGCAACAGACACAAGGAAGCUUACUGUGAAUACCUCCGGACCAUCAACUACAUAUCACAUGCACUUUUGGAGGAAGCUGUUUCACAAAUGGAGAAGGAAAUGGUGGCAGUGGAAGUGGAGCGGAUGCUGACACUAGCUGAGCAGUGUCUGGAGCGAGCCAAGUCAUUUAUAGGGAAGAACGCCGACCCUCCCGACCUGCCUGCUUUCUCUUCUGGUUCACCUGGUCUAUCAGAGCCCCCUCAGACUGCAGUCCUCUCUGUCUCUAACACUGCAAACACUGUCCCUGCAGCUGGUGCUCCCGUGGCCACAGACCAGAAAUCCCCGAGUCUGAGAACGUCUGGUCACAGCAGGCUGCUGUCAGACGAAGUUGGGGAGCCCUCCCCUUUCCUCCCUCCUGAAGUCUUCCACAAACUACAAGCAGUGUCAUCGCAGGACACGAGCAAAAAAGAGCUGACGCCCAUCGAAGAAGCAUCACGCUUGAACCAGAAGCUCAAAGCUAAUUACGAAGCUCGUGUGGCGAGGCUCAGACCCGGUCAGGCCUACCAGAAGACGUCUUUGACUCUGUCUCUCCAGCGGCAGAUGAUGGAGAACCUCAUCAUAGCCAAAGCCAGGCAGGAUGCCCUCCAGCGGAAGAUGGAGGGGAGAAGACUGAGGCUACAGGAAGAGGCUAACAGGAGGUUUGCAGCGUCUGGGGCAAUGACUCCAGAGGAGCAAGAGCAGCGUCUUCUCUACACCAAUGUUCUGGAAUAUGAACAAGACCAUGAUUGGCCCAAACAGUGGAAAGCCAACAUGAAGAGGAACCCUGAUGUCACAUUAGUGUCAGAUUUAGUCUCCUACCUGCUCAGCCGGUCUGACCACCCAGUUGUGAAGCUGCUGAGGAAACAUCAGUACCGAAUUUACAACAGGCUCUACCCCAUCGUCAGUAAAGGUCUCCCUCUGAGUCCCGCCGUGCCACUGAGACCGUGUCGCAGCACUCACAACCUGCUUCAUCCAGAGACUCAGAGGAAGCCUGUCCGGACAGCAUCUGGUACCUUUGGUGUAAAGAGCUUCAGCACAGACUCCUCGCUGUCUCCCUCACGCUCCCACAACCUCAUCCCUAAAUAUGAUGACAAGGAGGUGGAGGAGCCCAGCGAGCAGGUGACUGUGGACCGGGAGAACUCGUUUGAGGACCUGGAGCAGUUCUUGACCCAGGUGGACUGGGUUCCUCCCCACAGCAGCACAGAUGAACCCGGUUCAGAUGCAGACUUGGUUUGCAAUUCUUCUAUGGAGCCGGAGCAGGACGAGAGCCACGUCCAGGAGCUGGAGAAGAGGGCACUCAAAGAGCACCUGAAGGCCAUCGUCAAGGACAUUCAUAUUGCAAUUGAUCAGCUUCUGUCUUUGUGCUUGCUGUCCUUUGAGUGUCUGAACACAGCCAGCUUUAAGGACCUGUGUCUCGCCAGCAUAGAGGAAGCCUUCUUCACACCCCUGUGGAGCGCUCUAGUGACUCUUUUCAGGAAGGUGUACAUAGAAAGGGAGCAGGCCUAUGAGGCAAGUGUGAAGCUGUACGGUGACAUUUCACCUGGAGAUAUCGGCAUCCCCUUGAAACUGUUUCCCAAAGAUCCUGCUUCCCCGCAAGGCUCUUACCCCUACGAGUCUGCGGUCCAGGAGCUCACACUUCUCAUUCAUGACCGCUGUCCACAGAGGAAGCUGGAAUGCAUUGUGAGAACGUUACGCCUGAUCUGUGCCUGUGCUGAGGAUUACAGGAGUCUCCAUGAAGUGGACUCCACUCCCAGAACAGCUGCCAUUGGUGCGGAUGACCUGUUGCCCAUCCUGUCCUACGUGGCUCUGCGGUGUCGGUGUCCUCAGCUGGUGUCUGAAUGUGCUGCUUUGGAGGAGUUCAUUCAUGAAGGUUAUCUGAUAGGAGAGGAGGGCUACUGCCUCACCUCCAUGCAGAGUGCUUUGGCCUAUGUUGAGUCUCUGCACACCGGAGUAGCUCAGCUCACUGCAGGCAAGCUCAUAUGACAAAGGCUGCUGCACAUCCUGCCGUUCAUCCCAUGACCCCUACUGCAGUGCUCAAAGGCAACGGCUGAACCGACAGCUAUGAAGCUCAUGCAGAUGCAUGUUCUCCUGUACACACAGAGAUGUGCUUCAUAUUUAACCAAGCAAAGAGAAUAAGCCGGUGCCUGAGAGUCAUUUCUGACCAAAUCAGAGCCUGCUUUGGGACCUUUGUGGGGUUUCAGACUCUGAAGCAUUUCUGUGAGACUUCUCUAAGGAUUGCUGUCUUCUCUGUCCAGAUUUCUUCUGCCACACCUUCAAUGGAUGGAGGGAUCUAAUGCUGUGAUUAGCCAGCUCUGCAGAGGAUUGAACUUCCUCUCUCUAGCUGUUUUUUUCCAUCAGUUACUCAGAUAUUUGUGGGCUUGUCAUGUCCACAGCUCAGUGCAACACAAUAACACAAUGCUCUCCUCCAUAUAUAGCAACAGAGCUCACAAAUUAUCUGAGACAAAAGGCUGUAAGACAAAGCAAAUAUUCAUGUAUUAACAUGAGUGUGCUGUAGAUGUUUUCUUCAUUAGAAACAACCAGAGCUGGUUAAAAUGUAGCCAUUCCAGCCCUCAGUGAGUUUAGCUUUGCUAACUUUUUUGUUUCCCAGUAUCAGUCCUCAUCACACCUGCAUGUUGGUGUUUGAGCUUCCUCUGUGAGCUGAUGCAAAGGGACGGAGGAGCAGCUGUUAAAAUAUCAGGAUCGAUCCACAGGAGGCCGCGUGACUGGUGAUGGAAUAAUGCUCACUGUAAGGAUUAAAGAUGCCACACCUCCCCCAAAGAAACCCAGUGUGAAUAAGGCUGUGCUGAGGAAAAGGCAGGGAAUGUGAUAAAACAAUAUUCAGGAAAUAAACAUGAAGGAGCUGUGAUGGAAGAGCACUGCUGAAGUUUACUGUGUGUGUGUGUGUGUGUGUGUGUGUGUGUGUGAGGACUGUUAGCACAAAGAAAUGAGCUACAGACUAAAUUAAAAGUAUGAAUUUCUGCACUUUGGGUUUUGAGGCAUUCAGAGGUGAGGCUGCUUUAGAUGUUCAGACUGUAGAUGGAGAUUGUUGGAGGUGGAGCAGGAGCUCUGAGGAGCACUGCAGUGUUCAGGGUGGGUAGUACCAACUGUGAUGGGAGCCACAGGGACCGCAGGCUCACCUGAUCCUGGUUAUUUCAGAGCUUCAGUG